AUGGCAGAGCAAGAUAUCUACGGCGGUAAACUCGCCAAUCAUUCCCCAUCCCUUCCAAAAGGCACAUUCACCGGCUCCGGCGCCGAGCAAGACAUUUACGCCAACAAACUAGCCGGUCACGCCCCCUCUCUUCCCCACGGGGCAUUCACCGGAUCUGGAGCCGAACAAGACAUCUACGGCAGUAAAUUCGCCGACCACUCUCUCCCCAGACCUUCUCCCUUCGCUGGAUCUGGGGCCGAGCAGGAUAUCUACGGCAGCAGGUUUGCCAGCCACCAUCCUCGGGCUAGUUUCGGGGCAUCUGGCGCCGAACAAGAUGUUUACGGCUCGCAUUUCAACCGCACCGCGUAUCAAGGUCUGGGCACUAGCGCGCUGGGACUACUGCACUCCGCAAUCUUGCCGUCUUUUAGUCUGCAUGCUGGGUUGUCGGCGGUCGCGUACGGGGUUUCGCGGUAUACGGAUAGGGUUGAGGGGAAGGAUGUUCUUUGGGCUUCUGGAAUGACGCUGAAUGCUUGGUGGAGUGCUAUUGGCGCUAAGUACGUUUACGAUAAUGUUGCACCUAUUGAUGCUUGGAAUGGUCUUGGAUACUCGCAGAAGCUUCUUCUUGCUGGUGUUACAGCUUGGGGGGCGAGACUUACUUCUCGCGUUGUGUCGCGAAGCUUGAAGCGUGGAAAGGAUGAUCCUCGCUAUGAAGUUAAGAGAAAGGAUCCUGGUUUUUGGAAUAAGGCGCUUUUUACUACUUUCUUGCCCGAGGCGGUUGCACAGACCAUCAUCUCGCUUCCAUUCACAAUCCCCUUCCGCGCUGUGGCCGAGAGCGCCGUUGCUUCACCUUUUACUUCCAACGGAUUCGUCUUCCACUCGCUAGCCAUUUUUUUGUUCACCACCGGCUUCGCUCUCGAGACAUUGGCUGAUGCCCAGCUUGAGUCCUUCAAAAAGGAUGAGACCGCUCAAGGCAUCAAUUGCGAAGGUGUCUGGAGCAUUGUUCGACACCCCAACUAUCUUGGCGACGCCCUAAUCCACGCCUCGUUCCCUAUGCUUCUCCUCGGCGCCGGUAUCCUCCAUCCUAUCACUGCUCUUGGUCCAAUGGCCAACUACGUAUUCCUGCGUUAUAUCGGUGGUGAUAGGGAGAACGAGGAGAGUCAAGCUGAGCGAUACUCCAAACACGAUGCAGUAAAGGCACAGGAGUUGGAGGAGUACCGUCAGCAAAAGAACAGCUUCUGGCCUAAGUUGGAGGAGUUGAGAAACAGCUGGACGCUUGCAGUGUUGGGUGUUGGUGUCGCUGGUGUUGUUCUCGAGAGAGGACUCCGGACCAUGGUUUGA